AUGUCAGAUACAGAACACUCUACAUUUGAGGACGACGAGUAUAUUAGCAAACCGGGCGACGUUUACCUUGCCUUUGUUGACACUCCAGUUAAGGAAGAUGAUGAACUGACCAUAGAGGACACUUUUAUCGGCGGGGAACCAGUUUGGCUAGCUGAGGAUUCUUUGCCCCCAAAAGAUAUGCUAAGAUGUGGUGCAUGCAAAGGAUCAAACAACUUCAAACUCUUGUUACAGGCGUUCUCACCAUUGGACAUAGCCCAAGUUGAAGAGGUACAAAAAAAAUUGAGUGUACAAGACCUUACCCAUGUAAAUCCAGAUGAUGAUCGGGUUUUAUAUGUAUUUAUCUGUACUAAGUGUCAAAGGAAACCCAAUUCUGUGCGUUGCAUAAGAGGUAUAAAAAAGAACAAGAGUACCACAAACCGGGAAAGCGUUGAUAAAAAGAUGCAACAAUUGUCAGAACCAAAAGAAUUUAAGAUCAAUCCAUUUGACAUCACCAAAAGUGACACUUCGAAUCCUUUCAGCAAUCCUUUUGGAUCACAAGACAACUCGAAUCCUUUUUCUACAAACGUUAAAAGUGGAGAGAUAGAUGAUAUAAAAGAACCUCAAUUAUCUACUAAGGCCCAACUGAAAGCAGCUCAGUCAGAGCAUGAUAAAAAGAAGAACAAAGAGUUUGACACAUCAAAAGUGUUCAAGAGCUAUCUGCUAUACGUAGAAGAAGAAUCUUUCAAAAAUAAGAAACCAGAUCAUCUAAAACUACCGAAAAACCUGAAAAUUGAUAAAGAAGCACUUGAUCUAACAGGUACAGACGAAGAUGACCUCGAAAAAGAUCCUAUAAAACUAGAUCCUAGAACUGAAAAACUUUCCAAGUUCUUGGAUGACGAUACUUUCCAAAAGUUUCAGGAAGUUGUCGCAUACAAUCCACAUCAAGUACUACGCUAUGAUUUAGGAGGUAUGCCUUUGCUUUAUGCCGACAUGAAAACGGAACAACCUCCAUUCCGUGUUCCAAAUCCAAGUUACAAUUCUCAAAGUUGUAGGGUUUUUGAAAUGCAAUUGAUGCCGAAGCUAAUAAUGGAUUUGGAAGAUGAAACCGAUGUUAACGAAGGUAUGGAAUGGGGUACAAUUCUAAUUUAUACUGAUAUCCAAAAUUUCACACCACAAUGUGAUGAGAAUGAUGUUGCAUAUGUUGAAGAGUAUGUAAAAGUUCAAUGGGAAUCGAGGAAAUAA